AUGCUUUGUUUUGCAAUUUCGGUAAAUUUUUCAGAGUUUUUCAAUGUAAUAGGAAUAAUAACGAUCUUACAUCCUGUCCAGAAAUUUCAAAUCAAAGAGGAAUUUACGAUUUCAAAAGAGAUUAAAGCAUUUGAGUGUAAAAAUAUAGCAGAAAUGAAAGAACUGAAUUUUAUUAGUCCAUAUGCUGACAAUAAACUUGUCAUGUUAAUUGGAAAAGGUAGAAUUUAUGAUGUUUUAUUUUGUUUUUCAGCAGCUGCCCGAGAAUUUACAACUUAUUAUCAUUUCCAGCAUGUUUUAGUUACAAGUCAAGGAAUUUUCACAGAUGAUUCUUUUCUCAUAUUCCCAUGGGCCAAGAAAACAUAUAGUAAAUCAAGAAUCACUAAUUCUCAUAGAGAAAUCGAUCAUUUAAUACUUGGAUCAAUUCAUUUUGGUCCUUGGGGCCAUUUUAUAAGUGACUCACCUAUGGCAGGUUUACUAUACCUUCCAAAAGAUAUUGUUAAGAAGUCAAAGCUUGCAAUAAUGGGUAAUCAAGGGUAUGUUAGAAGAAACUUGGAUGAACUUGGAUUCCAAGAUGUUCCAUUACAUCAUUUAUCAUGGAGUUUUGAACUCGUCCACAAUUUAUACGUCUUAUCACCCCAAGAUCGGCCGAAUGGGCAAGUUCAUUUCAAUUGUGAAUUAAGAGAUCACAUUUUCAAAUUAUAUAAUUUAUCAGAUAUCAUUCCUAAUUAUGGUGUCAUUACAAAUAGACCAUAUGGAAGAGCAAGACAUGUAACUAAUAUCCAAGAACUCAUAGUUGUUGUAAAAAAUCAUUUCAUGAAUAUAAGAUGGGAGUUUCAUGAUGAUUCACAAUUAGGUUCGAUAAAAUCAUGUGUUCAAGUAUUGGCAGGAGCAAAAUAUUUUAUAACUCCACCUGGUUCAUCUGGAUUUAAAGCAAUGAUGAUGAAAGAAAAAACAGGAAUCUAUUUUAUAGGAUCGAAUUUUGAAGAUUGGGCAAAUAUUGGAUUUUGCCAAUCGUUAGGAAUUUGGGCAGUUUAUAAUAAGAACAUGAAUCUUGGACAUAUUGGAUCACCAGCUGCAAUUGAUAUUGAAUCAAACUUCAAAUAUAUAAAGCUUUUAAUUGAGACAGUUGAUAAGCAAAAAUGGCCUAGUUAUGCAAAUGAUAUUCCUGAUUCUGAAUUUAUGAUUGAUUUAUCUGUUAUUAAGAAGAUAUUAGAAAUUGACAACAGAGUUAGUAUUCUUCAUAAUUGUAAUGUAACAGAAUUCUAUGAGAAAGUUAAAUCUGAUCCAAGCCAUAAUAAAUUCUGUGGAGAUAAUAUAUAUUACUCCGAAUUGA